AUGAAGACUUCUUUUCUCGUUACGUUCCUGUUGGCUGCAGCUGUCUGCACCCACGCCCUUGAAGAGGUGAAGGAUUCCAACGGAAAUCCAGUUAGGGUCGGUGCACAAUACUUCAUCCAGCCGGUUAAGACCGAGAGUAACAACGGGGGAGGUCUUGUUCCAGCUGCCACUAACAUACUUCCGUUUUGUCCACUUGGCAUCACCCAAACACUUCUUCCCUACCAACCGGGCCUGCCGGUUAGCUUCGGAUAUCAUCCAAACAUUCUCGGCCGAGACACCAUUGACACAUCUGCCGAUAUAAACAUCGAGUUCAG